GUCUAAAAAGUGGGUGGAGAUGGGAAUCCUAAGGAAGUGCUCAAGCGCUUCAACAGCAUUUAGGUGUUUCACCUCUGAUGGCACCGAGGUUAGCGGCAGCUGUCUGUGCGUUCUUACACACAUGUUCUCCUCCUGGUGGACUUCUCAGCAAACUGUUAUGGAAUUAUGCUGGUUCUCACCAUGUCCUUAGAGGAUUUAUUAACUUUCUAACCUGUUGGGGGGCAGAAAAAACUCCUUGAAGAGUCACCUAUCUGGACUUCAGAUGUGGGACUAGACAUGGAGGUACUAAAGAUGACAAUCUCAGGAGCAGCACUCCUGUUAUUAGUCACGUUCCUCCUCCAUGUGGCUUGGUGUCACAAAUCAAUGGGAAAAGAAAAAUAUGAGUCUUCAUUAAGCUUCACACACUAUCUCUACAAUGUUACCAUCAAUGAAAAUUCUGCCCCACGAAUGUAUGUGGAGACGCCGGUGAAGAUGGGCAUUCAGCUAACUGAUCCGCUGUGGGACAUUAGUUAUAACAUCGUUGCAGGAGAUGACGAAGAGUUUUUCCAAGCGGAAGCGCUCUCAGUUGGCGAUUUCUGCUUCCUCAGGAUUAAAACCCGCAGUAGCAACUCAGCUCUUCUCAACAGGGAGGUCAGAGAUAGGUACACUCUCACUUUGGAGGCAAAAGAAAGCACAUUUGAUCUCCAGGCCAAGACAAAGGUAAUUGUUCAGGUGCUUGACACCAACGACUUGAAACCACUGUUCUACCCUGCAUCGUACAACGUGAACAUUGGAGAGGAUACUCCACUCAAGUCAAGUGUGGUCACAGUGAGUGCUACAGAUGCUGAUAUUGGGAGCAAUGCUGAGUUUUAUUACUCAUUUACCAGUAGAGCUCAUCCUUUUGCCGUUGACCCUUUCACAGGCACAGUCAGCCUUGUCAAAAAGCUUAAUCACACUACGACACAGAAAUACGACCUCACCAUUUUAGCAGAGGACCGGACCAAAAAAAUCUCUGGUGUUCAGAAAUUUGGUAAUUCUGCUCGUGUUGUAGUAAACAUACAAAAGAUGUCCAAAGAAUCUCCAGUUAUUACGCCUCCUCCCAAACCUGUGGUGUCUACAGAUGGGAACAUAGACAUUAAUGUCCAUGUAGAAGAGGGAAUAAAGCCUGUAGAAUCCCUUGAUAUUAUUGCUGGGGAUUCCCACAACAAUUUUGAGAUAAUUCCCUUAGGUGUGCAGGGCAAAGACUUCCAAGUGAUAUCUACUAAGAGGAUUGUAUGGUCUGAAAAUCCAUUUGGACUUAAUCUAUCCCUUCAAGCUAAAGAUAGAAUCAAUUCAGUUUCUCCAGUUGCUCAAGUCCACAUUCCGGCUAACCUUUACACACCUUUGGUAUUUUUAGAGGACACUUACAUCGUCACUCUGAGUGAGUUUUCACCCCCUAAAUCUCAUGUAGUUAAAGUAUCUGUGACCUCCUUUUACCAUGAUGUCACCUUUAGCAUCAAAAACAAUCCAGACAGUUCCAGUUUCAAAAUAAAUCCCAAAUCUGGGAUUAUCAUAACAACAGAGAAAUUUGACUAUGAAAGAAAAGAUCGGUAUGAAUUUGAUGUUGUUGCUAAUCACGGCGAUGCCGAGACGCAUGUGGUCGUGGAGAUAACGGAUGAAAAUGACAAUAGCCCACAGUUCAAACAGACAUCCUAUCGGGCAACGGUGGAUGAAAACACCCCUGUCGGAAGCAGUGUUCUCAAAGUCUUUGCUUUUGAUAUUGACAAAGGCAAAAAUGGCUACGUGACUUAUGCCAUUGCAAAUCCAGACCUUGUACCUUUCAUAAUAGAUCCGUUCACAGGUGUUAUCUCAACUUCUGAGCACUUGGACUAUGAGAUGAUGUUACGGCUGUAUCACCUGAAGGUUUGGGCCUCGGACAGUGGAAGUCCCUUUAGUCAGGUCAGUGAAUGCCCUGUGACGAUAAACCUAAACAACCUGAAUGAUAACGUUCCUCUGUUUGAAAGGGUGGACUGCAACAUCACCAUACCACCAGAUUUACAUGUGGGACACACAAUAGUUGAGCUGUCAGCCACUGAUUUAGAUGAGUUGCAGCAGCUGAAAUAUGUCAUAGAGUCAGGAAAUGAGCUCCAGGUCUUUGUCGUUGAUGCUGGUACCGGAGCUAUUGCUCUUAAACAGCCCAUUCCUCCACAAGAGGGCUCGUUUACUUUAAGAGUUGUAGCCACAGAUGGCAAACAUCACUCAGAGGCCUCCGUUGUCAGAAUAACUGUAACAAACAAAGGCGAUGAUGCAACACUAAGCUGCUUCGAAAUGGGCAUUUCCCAAAAACAGACCGAUAAACUUAUAGAAUCAAUGAAGUCAGCUUUAAUUAAUCAGGAAGAGGAAUCAUUCUCAGAUGUCCACAUUACUAACAGACAUUCCCCCAAGUUUGUUACGAGCAUUCCCAGUUCUAUAGAUGUUGCUGAAAAUCACCCACUACAUUCCACUAUCCUUCAGUUCAAAGCCACGGACCUUGACUCUGGGUUUAACGGUGAGCUGGUGUUUGCCAUAUCAAGUGGGAAUGAAGAUGGCUGUUUCUCCAUUGACAUUUUUUCUGGCAACCUUUACUUAGUUUGCCCUCUGGACAGGGAGAGUAAAGAGUUCUACAUUCUGAACAUCACAGUUUACGACUUGGGAACACCACAAACUUCUGCUUGGAAAUUUAUAGCUGUCAGUGUCAUUGAUGUGAAUGACAACCCACCUGUUUUUGAUCAGCCCAGGUACGUGAUCCGCAUGCCUGAAAACAAGAAUAAAGACUCUGUUAUUUUUACAGCACGAGCUGUAGAUUUGGACACUGAAGUUAACGGGAACAUCCAAUACUCCCUGCUGACGUCAUCUGACAUGUUCAAAAUUGAUGAGCUGACCGGAGAGGUGAUUGUGACAGGUCAUUUAGAUCGAGAAGCUUCCCCAAAGUGUGACCUUUGGAUCAAAGCCAGAGACCAGCCCAAACUUGGUCCUCAGUUAUUUUCCACUAUCCGCCUAGUGGUAGUUUUGCUGGACAUAAAUGACAACCCACCCAAGUUUGAACCCAAAGGGUAUCACAUAAAAGUUCCUGAAGAUGUUCCUGUGGGAGCACUGCUUGUCUGGGUGGAGAGCAUAGACUUAGACUCAGGAAGUGGUGGUCUUGUCACUUACAACCUUCAGAACACAGAAGGUGGGAUCUUUCAUCUUGAUUCCUCCACUGGAGCUUUGACCCUGGAGCGAGAGCUGGAUUUUGAGCGACGGCCAACCUACAACCUCACAAUUCGAGCUGUUGACCAUGGCCUCCCUCGCUCACUCUCGUCUUCUUGCUAUGUGGAGAUCGAGGUUCUGGACGUCAAUGAGAACCUCCACAAGCCCGUGUUCACAGAGUUUGUGUAUGAGACUGGAGUGAUGGAGGACGCAGCAGUGGGAACAUCUGUGGUAAUGCUCACAGCUUCAGACAAAGACCUCGGCAGAGAUGGAGUCGUCAGAUACCACAUCAGUGAUGGCUCUGGUGUGGGAGUGUUCUCCAUUGAUGAAGAAACAGGUGUGGUUCGGACCACAGAAGGAUUGGAUCGAGAGAAAGUGCAGCACUACUGGCUUUCUGUCUACGCCACUGAUUUAGGGACUGAGCCUCUGAUCUCCUGGACUCAUGUCUUUGUGGAGGUCCUGGAUGUCAAUGACAAUCCUCCAGAGCUCUCCCAGCCAGUGUACUUUGCAUCUGUUCCAGAGAACGUGAAGAAAGUGAACUCCAUUGUUCAGGUUUUGGCCUCAGAUAAGGACACGUCAUCCGAGGACAAGCUUUCCUUUCAGAUGCAGGAAAUUCACAAAACUUUCUUCGAUGUGGAUCCCAAAACAGGAGUUAUCAGCACUCUCUCAGCUCUGGACCGUGAGGAUAAAGCCGAGCACAGCAUCGAGGUAAUUGUCUCGGAUAAUGGAUCUCCAGCUUUGCAAUCCACUGCAACAGUCGUGGUCAAAGUUCUGGACGCAAAUGACAACGCCCCGAGGUUCACGGGCAGACUUUUCCAAGUCAAGCUUCUGGAGCAGCAGCAUCACGCUGGCAGAAAACUGGUCUGCCGGUUGGUCGCACGUGAUGAUGAUGAGGGCACCAAUGCUGCAGUUACGUACAGGCUGCAAGACAACAGAGAUGAUCAGUUUCAGAUUGACCCAUUGACUGGAGUGGUGACAUCCCUGGGGGACUUUUGGGCAGGAAACUACAGCAUACUCAUGAUCAGCGCCACAGACCAGGGCGACCCGUCACUCUCGUCCACGACUCGACUCGACAUCGAAUGGGUUCAACAACCACCAUCUUCCAGUAAACCGAUCCGAUUUGAGGACACUCACUUCUCAGCUGCAAUCAUGGAAAUUGAACAUGUCCAUCACUUGGUGGGCAUCCUAGAAACGGACGAACCAUGGAAGCUGCAGUGGUUCAGCAUCAUAGGUGGGGAUGAGGACAAAGACUUUGACAUUCAGAGGAACUCAGCGACUCUCACCACCGCCCGCCGACUCAAUGCAACACGACACUCUAACUACAACCUGACAGUGGAGGUCACAGACGGCCACAGCAGCAGCACCACACAGGUCUACAUCCGUGUGCUGGACAUGAAUGAGCACCGACCCUUCUUCCUGAAGUCGCUUUACGAGGUCAGGGUUCCAGAGGACACGUCCCCAUGGAAGGACAUCCUGCAAAUCAGUGCCCAGGAUGCUGACUCAAACAGCAAGUUGGUGUUCUCCAUCCACAGCAGCCUUCCUCCAGACAGCACCAAGUUGUUUCAUCUGGACCCAAAGAGUGGCGUUCUGGUGAUAAAGGAGGAGCUGGACUUUGAGAUGAUCUCUGUUCACACGCUCAUCAUCAUGGUACGUGACCAGGAGAUCCCAGUGAUGAAGAAUUUUGCAAAGGUGCUGAUUCAAGUGGAGGACUGCAAUGACCACUCACCAGCUUUCCUCAGCCCCCGCUACAAGGCCAGCAUAUCUAACAUGGCCCCUGCAGGUUCCCAAGUAAUCAGAGUCAAGGCUCUUGACAAGGACAUGGGAAGUAAUGCAGACAUUAUCUACUCGCUGCAUUCUGGUAACAUCGACAGCAUGUUCUCCAUCGAUCCAGAGCUGGGCUCUAUCAGUGUUGCUAAAUCUUUGAGCCUCCAGCCUCAGGACCAGUUCCAACUCACUGUAAAGGCCACGGAUCAGGGUUUCCCUCAGCGCUCUGACCUCUGCUCCAUCCACAUCCACAUCCAUGUUUCUGACCAAACCCCGCCUACCUUCCCCUCAGAAGAAUACUUAAGAGAGGUUAAUGAAUCAAGCUCUCCUGGAACCCCAGUGGUCACCAUCUCAGCUUCCAGCGCAGCUCCCAUGCAUUAUGGGAUAGAAAGUGGCAAUAUAAAUGGGACAUUUUACAUCAACCCUUACACUGGAUUAAUUUCCACCCAAAAACACCUUGAUUUUGAGAUCUGUGAGUCCUACAAACUUAAAGUUACUGCCUCCACCCCAUCGGGAGCCUUGUCCAAGACACUUGUUUAUAUCUAUGUCAUUGAUGAGAAUGAUAAUGCUCCUGUCUUUCAGCAGACAGAGUAUCUGGGACAGAUUAGUGAGUCUGCUCACGUGAAUAGCAUGGUGAUGGGAAAGAGAAACACACCACUGGUCAUCCAGGCAUCAGAUGCAGAUCGAGACUUCAAUUCUCUUCUUGUAUAUCAGAUCCUUGAACCAGAAGCUCUAAAAGUCUUUAAAAUUGACCCAAAUAUGGGGACCAUCUCUUUAAUUUCACCCCUUGACUUUGAAACAAAGGCUGAGUAUCACCUCACAGUGCAGGUGAAGGACUCUGGGAAGCCAUCGCUGUAUGCAUCAGAGCCUGCCAAGAUCACUGUUCAUGUCCUGGACCUGAAUGACUGCCCUCCACAGUUCAUCACAUCGGUGUACAAACCAUCCAUCACCUUUCCAGCUAUCAGAGAUGCAGAGGUUGUGCGCGUCACGGCCCAUGACGCGGACUCUGCAGUCUCAUACAGCAUCACCGAGGGAAAUCUCCACCAUGCCUUUUCAAUUCACCCCGACACUGGGGUCAUCACAGUGAGCAACGUGUCUGAUUUCAGGCCAUUUUAUAAACUCACCAUCAGAGCCUCGGAUGGACUUUUUAGAGAUGUAGCCACAGUCGAGAUAAAUGUCACAAACCUGGUGCCAAGUGAUCUUCGAUUUGAGCAGAAAGUUUACACAACAAGUGUUCAAGAAAACCUAAAUUUUGUGAAACCCUUGGCAUCGCUAAAGGUCUCAGGAUGCUUUUUGAACGAGCCUCUUUUGUACUCUGUCCUAAAUCCCAUGGGGAAAUUUGCAAUUUCUCAGACAUCAGGCGUGCUUGAAACCACAGGCAUCCCCUUUGACAGAGAGGAACAAGACCUUUAUGACCUAGUUGUAAAAGUAGAAGACAUGAGAGCUCCACCUAGAACUGCCACAGCCCAGGUCAAAGUUUUUAUAGAUGAUGUCAAUGACAACCCUCCACAGUUUCUGAACUUGCCAUUUUCCAUGAUGAUUUCUGAAGACACAGAGCCAGGAGAUGUUCUGUAUCAAGCAACUGCCAUCGACAUAGAUCUGGAAGAAAAUGAAUUCAUUAUGUAUUCUCUGGAUGACGACUAUGGACUCUUUAGGAUAGAUCCUGAUGUAGGUGACAUUUCCCUUCAGAGACCUCUUGAUUUUGAAGCCCUUAAUAAAUAUGAGCUGAUUGUUUUAGCCACAGAUGACGGAGAGCCCAGUCUUAGCACCAUGGCUCAACUCAUCAUUCAAGUAAGGAAUCGAACAAACCCAAUUUUCCAAACUCUUCUUUAUCCAUUGAAAGUCCCUGAAAAUGUCCCUCCAUUCACCACCAUCCUGCAUGUGCAAGCCAGGAACCCAGAGGGUUAUCGGCUAAUCUACAACCUCGAGGAGGAAAAUGCCUCAAAGCAUUUUCACAUUGAUUUCAAAACUGGUGUGUUGACCGUCACCAACCCCCUUGACUAUGAGAGCCAGACUAUGCAUGUGUUGACAGUUCGAGCGACUGACUCUGUAACAGGAGCUUUCUCAGAGGCCUCAAUUGAAAUCGAAGUGGAGGAUGUGAAUGAUAAUGCACCCGUUUUCUCACAGCCAGCUUAUAGUGUGAAUAUAGCUGAAGGACUUCCAGCCAACACCUCAGUGAUACAGCUGUCUGCCACUGACAAAGACUCUGGGAGAAAUAAAGAUUUAACUUUUCAAAUUGUACAAUCAGAAGACAGCAAUGUAGAUUUCUUUGAGGUUAACCCUAAAACUGGACUGAUUGUCACCAAACGUGUUCUGGAUCGUGAGGACCUGAAGCAUUUUAAUUUGAAAGUGAAAGUAAUUGAUAAUGGGACUGUUUCUCUAAGUACUGAAGCCAUGGUUUUAGUAAAUGUCACAGAUGUCAAUGACAAUCCUCCAGACUUUGGCAGUCCUUCCUACAAAGCCACUUUGGAUGAAACGGCAAAAUGUGGUCACAUAGUGGUCAAAAUCCAAGCGUCGGAUCCCGACUCUGAUGACCUCGAUAAUCUCAAAUACAAAAUAAUUUCAGGAAAUGAAGACAGAUACUUCAACAUCAAUGAAUCCUCAGGGAUUAUCUCCUUUUCAAACGUCUGCAAGAGGAAUCUGGAUCCUUAUUAUAACUUGACUGUGGCUGUUUCUGACGGAGUGUUCCAGAAAACUGCUCCAGUUGACAUUGCCAUGAUUAACAGCAACAGACACAGUCCAUAUUUUAAACAGAGCAUCUAUGAAGCAGAGCUAGCUGAGAAUGCAGAGGCAGGGACUCGUGUGAUCAGGCUGGCAGCCAUAGAUCCUGAUGAUGGCCCAUAUGGAAGCGUUGACUACACCAUCAUCAACAAACUUGCUGAUGAGAAGUUUGCGAUACACAAAGAUGGUCAGAUUGUUACCACUCAGCCACUAGACAGAGAAAGCCCCAACCAGAGAGUCAUUGCAAUCAAAGUGAUGGCAAAAGAUGGUGGAGGAAAAGUUGCCUUUUGCACCGUGAAAAUCAUUCUAACAGACGAGAAUGACAACGUGCCUCAGUUUGAAGCUAAAGAAUAUCAAGUUUCAAUCCAAUCUACAAUAAAUAAAGGCUCUCCUGUUAUCAAGAUUAUGGCUUAUGAUGCUGAUGAUGGCAAAAAUGCAGAUGUUACUUACAGCGUAGAUGAGGCGGAAGAGGUCAUUGAAGACAUUAUCGAGAUCAACCCUUUCACUGGUUUCGUUACUGUCAAGGAGAGUCUCGUUGGGAUGGAGAACAAGAUCUUCAACUUUAAGGUCAAGGCCCGAGAUGGGAGCCUUCCUUUUUAUAACUCUACAGUACCUGUUCAGCUGAAGGUGGUUUCACCUGAGGUUCCCCUCCCAAAGUUCUCAGAACCACUGUACUCCUUCUCAGCAGCAGAGGACUAUCCCAUUGGAACAGAGAUCGGCUCAGUGAGAGCUGACUCUGACAUGCCACUCAUUUACAGCCUUGUCAAUGGGAACAUAGCUGAAAGUAACAAAGACAAUGAGUUCAUCUUGGACAAAGAGACGGGAACUUUGGUGUUGCAGAAGCCCAUUGACCAUGAAAAGACAAAGCGGUAUCAGAUCGAUGUGGUCGCUCAGGGCAACCAUAACGGCACAGAGGUUGCAUCGCUGGUUUCUGUUGUUGUCCAGGUACGGGAUGUGAACGAUAACCAGCCUAUGUUUGAUGCAAGUCCAUACAGGGCGUUCUUGGCUGAAAACAUGCCCGCUGGUACCACUGUCAUUCAGGUGACAGCCAAUGACCCUGACGCAGAAGCCAAUGGCCAGGUGACGUACAGCUUGGAAUCGAUGCCUGAUAAUUCUCUGGUUGACUUCACCGAGGUGUUCUCCAUUGACGAAGACAGUGGAUGGAUCACCACGUUGCGGGAAACAGACUGUGAGGCCAACAGGUUCUACAGGUUUAAUGUAGUUGCCACCGACCACGGUGGUGAUGUCAAGCUUUCAUCAAGCGUCCUGGUAGAGGUGAUGGUGACAGAUGAGAACGAUAAUGCCCCAAAGUUUACCGAAGACAUGUACCGUGGCUCUGUGGGGGAAAACUUCACCCCCCAUGAACCUAUUGUCUCCAUGACGACCACAGAUGCGGAUGUAUCUCUGGAGAACCGCCUCGUGACUUGCUACAUCACAGAUGGAGACCCACUGGGCCAGUUUGCCAUCAUCCAGGAGGACGAGGGUCAGUGGGGUUUAAUAGUGAAGGAGAAUCUUGACCGAGAGACCAAAGACAGAUACACACUGAAAGUGACGGCCACUGAUGGGAAAUUCGAGGCUCCAGUUACUGUGGACAUCCACGUAUUGGACAUUAAUGACAACAGCCCAGUGUGCGAACAGGUGGUGUACACAGAGGGGGUGAUGGAGAACUCACCAGCUAGGGUGUUUAUCCUUAAAGUCUCAGCAUCAGAUCCAGAUGUUGGAGUGAAUGGCGAGAUCUCAUACACCCUCCAUGGUCCAGAUGCAGACAUGUUCCAUCUGGACCACAGGACAGGUGAGCUGUUCACGCUGGCUGUUCUGGAUCGUGAGAGUGAUGUGGAGUUCAACCUGGUAGCAAAGGCAACGGACGGCGGGGGUCGAUCGUGUCAGGCCGACAUCCUGCUGAUGAUCCAGGACAUGAACGACAGCCCGCCUCUCUUCUCCUCCAGCCACUACGAGGUCACAGUGUUUGACAACACGACAGUGCGCACGCCUGUUGCAGUCGUGUACGCCAAAGACCCAGACACAGGUAUAAACUCGGAGGUGAAGUACUCUCUCCUGGGAGGCGACAGAGGAUAUUUUUCUCUGGAUGAGUUUUCAGGAGUCCUGUGGCUAGAGCGACCUCUGACCUCUGACACCCCUCCCACUUUUGAGCUGAAGGUUAAGGCAACCGACCGCGGCCUUCCUCGUCACCUCUACUCCGUUGCCACGGUGACAGUGGAUGUAGUCUCCCUUAAUGAUUACCAGCCAGUCUUCCUUUACCCGGAGUACACGGCCCAACUCCCAGAAUCCUUUGCAGUCGGGUCAAAGGUGUUGAGCGUCUCUACUCUCACCAGAGAUGGAGGCGGCCCAGAUCCCAUCGUGUACCGCAUCAUCUCUGGAAACGAGGAUAAGCGGUUCCUGCUGGACUCUCGAACAGGCCUUUUGACACUUGUGGCCCCGCUGGAUUUUGAAGUUUCCCGGGAGUAUUACCUUUCUGUGGAAGGAAGUCGCGGCAAGUCAUCCCUCAGUGACAUCACAACGAUCAUCGUCAAUGUGACGGACGUGAACGACAACACACCGGUGUUUGGACAGGGCGUCUAUAGUGCUGAAAUAACAGAGGAUCUGACACCUGGAAGCCUUGUGAUGAAAGUGACGGCCACCGACCAGGAUGGUCCCGUAAACAGUCGGUUGCGGUACUCGAUCGUGAGCGGAGACGUUCAGCAGCAGUUCUCCAUUCACCCUCGUAACGGUGAAAUUACCAUUCGAACAUCACUGGACAGAGAGGAGAUCCCUCAUUACUCACUGACAGUGCAGGCAGCUGACGAAGGAAACCCUCCUCUGUCGUCAGCGGUCCUCGUCACCAUCACGAUCACCGAUGUGAACGAUAACCCGCCGAUCUUCUCUCGGGUCAGCCACAGUUUGGUGCUGCAGGAGGGGGAAUCGAUUGGCAGCAGCUUCCUGCAGCUUGUGGUUGUGGACAGAGACACUCCAAAGAACGGCCCACCUUUCUCUUUCCACAUCGUCAGCGGAAACGAAGAUCACCGUUUUCAUGUUGACCAGGGUGGCCUGCUGUCACUUUCUGCUCCACUCAGGAAAAAGACCAAACCCUUCCAUCAGCUCAAGAUCCAGGUGACAGACAGCGGCCACCCUCCUCUGUCUUCCAUCUGUGUGGUCAACAUUAAUGUCACUGAGCAGAGUAAAUACCCUCCCAGUGUUGUCCCCCUGGAAGUUUUCAUCACCACUGCAGGAGAAAUGUUUUCUAACCGGGUCAUCGGCAGACUCCACGCAACAGAUCAGGACGUACAGGACAUCCUGACCUAUACACUGGUGUCAGAAAACCCAGACGGGAAAAGAUUCUCCGUAGAAUCAACAGAUGGAAAAAUCUGGGCAGACGAACACCUGGAGGAGGGCUCUUAUACUCUGAAUGUCAGCGUGAGUGAUGGAAAGUUCAGUGUGUGGGCAGGGGUCAAAGUUCACGUGUGGGAAGCCAAUCAGAAAGCGCUGGACUCUGGCUUGACGCUGCAGUUGGACAGGAUGUCCCCAGAGGAGUUUCUGGGUGAUCACUGGAGAGGUCUUCAGCGCCUGAUGGCAAACGAGCUGGGUCUAACUAAACAGGAGCUCCACCUGGCCAGCCUGCAGCAGAUACCUGACACCCAGGUUCUUGAGGCUCUGCUCAUCUGGAGGCCAAAGGGCCAAAGUGUCCAGGCCCUGCCAACAAACAGACUAGCAGGGAUUAUAUCGAACAUCGAGGAUUUUACAGGCCUGAGAAUCCUCAGGGUGAGCCACGACGGAUGUCUGGAUGCCGGCUGCCCACCCCGAGGUUGCAGAAAUGCUGUGCUGCUGUCAGGAGAGAGACUCAAUCAUUUCACCACAGCCAGGGCUGGUUACAUCACCCCUCAACACACCUGGGAGAGUGCCUGCACCUGUAACGAAUCGGCUCUGAGGUUUGACAGUAAGUCCUAUCUGAAGUAUUUCCACGGGAUAGACGAGGACAACCAAGAAUUCAGGCUCUCUCUGAGAUUUAAGACUUUCCAGCAACAGGGACUCAUCAUGACCACAGAUGGUGCCAGCGACUGGGGCGCAUUGCAGCUGACCAAAGGAGAGCUGCACUUUGUAUACAGAUGUGGAAACAUCCCUCCUAACAGACUGUUGUUCAGAGCUGAUCCAGUGUCAGAUGGCCACUGGCACAGCGUGCUGCUGGAAGUCAACACGACAGUGCUGAAACUGAUCCUGGACCAUCAUCAUCCAGCUUCCAUCAGCCUUACUGAGCCAUGCCGCAUGAUGAAAUCCCAUGGUGCACUGCAGUUUGCUCCUCUCUCUGCAAGCUCUAUUCAGGACUUUGGGUUGGAGACACAUCAUUUCUUCGGGUGUCUGGAGGGUCUGAAGCUCAACGGCAAGCCGAUCAUAGGUGGUUCAGCAGAGUGGAUGGGGUCAGGGAGCAGGACGGUGUUUGGGAUGGUCCAGUGCUGCAACAAAUCAGGUGGCUGCAACAGCCUGCGGUGUGAGAAUGGAGGAGUCUGCACGGAAGAUGAAGCUGGAGAUCCCCACUGCACAUGUGUGGGACUCUUCCAUGGCGUUAGAUGUGAGCUGCCUGACAAUCCGUGCAUCUCCCACUCAUGCUUCCACGGCAGGGUGUGUAUACCGAUGGCUCAAGGUUACAUGUGCAACUGCUCGACGGACAACUCCGAUCUAAGCUGCCACAAUGAGGUUGGCGUCUGUUUGCCCAAUUUCUGUCCAGGAGGGUUUGACUGUGAGGUCAAUGGAGGGACCAUCCACUGUGUUUCACUACCUGUGGUGUCUCCAGUGAAUAGCUAUGUGGAAAUCUCCAUAAUCUGUUGCGGUGUGCUAGGAUUAGUCUUCUUGGUUGGCAUUUUUGUUUGUGUCAGGAAAAUCUAUGUUCAGCAGAAGAAGAAAACGCCUGCAUGUGUUCAGGAUUCAAACGGGUAUUUCCAGCCCACUCUGGCCAAGAGCCUUAAACCAGACUGCCAGGAAGGUAAAUCCAUUGAGAUGAACUUAGUCAGCUCCACCAACAACUUGGACCACACACCGUUCAGGUCUCUGAGGCCUCGCAGCCAAAUUGGUUCUUCAAGUGCUGGAUCCCUAAAGACCCAUGGGCCAGUUGUGUGCAGCGUGGCUCCCAACCUUCCUGCCAGACCACCAUCAAGCUCCGACAAUGACUCCAUCAGGAAGGCCCGCUGGGAUAUGGACUAUGAAGUUUACCCAGCUGACCCAGACUACUAUGGGCGUCCAUCUGUCCAGGAUUUCCCCCAGUUUGACAUCGUAGAGGACACCUACUCCACCAAUACCGCAGACUCACGUAGGAACUCUCGGUUUGGGGGUUUCCCGUUCCCACUAGAUCGCUGUGACCGUCGCGCACCCCUUCCACCCUGCUACAGCAACCAGAAUCUGGAUGACUUCUUGGGUCCAGACGGGCUUCCUCUUCCCAGCUCUCAGUGCCCAAACGAGUACACUGCUAUCAGCUUCUACCCCACACAGCAGACUCGCAGCCUGGACAACGUCUCGGGAGGCUAUAAGAGACUCAGCAUGUGUCUAAGUGUGGCCAUGCCAUCCUAUGCAGAGCAGGCCAGUCUGUCCCAGGCACCCAACCCCGCCCAGCCUCAAAUACGACCUGCAAGGCAGAACUGUCGCAGCUACGACGGGUCGAGCAUUGUGGGAAGUGAUUAUGGAAGCUGUGAGGAGGUCAUGUUUUAGGAGAAACCUGUGUUGUGUAGUGAUUUAGGUUUUUUCAACUUUGAAUUGGACUUGUGCAACCAGACACCGCCUAUCCACUACUCCUCCACUCUAAGGCAGCUUCACAGAUGGGUGUCUACAGUAACUGAGGCAAGGACUCGCUCUUAAGAUAGAAUCAUCUUUUCCUCCCACUCCAACAAAAUCAAAAGCACGAUGGCUCAUACAUCUUUAUUCAUCUACCUUCUUGGAGUUACGUUGCCUCACUGUGUCAGAGCACACGGAGGUAAUUCAAGACUGCUCAGUUAUCUCUACGUGAAAAGUUCAGCUGAAGUUCAUCUUUUGUACAAGAGACACUGCCACUGGGUUGGGAAAAUAUGAACAGUAUUACUGACUUGUCAGCUUGGAAAUCAAAAGGAGACAAAAUAAGACUCUCCAAGCUUCAACCGGGGAACAUCUACUUCCCCAGAGACAAGGAUGCAUUUGAAACAUGUUUAAACAAAUGUGUAGCACACGUUUUACCUACCAUUUCAUUGUCUGACAGAUAAGAGUGUCUGCACUUGGCUUUGCACUGAACAAGUAAAUCACUGGAGAGGGUUAUUAUGGGAGCACUUUUGCUCAUUUCCUCAACGAAACUGCAAGAACGCCAAUAAACCCAGAUUAGAUGUAAUAAAAGUGACAAUAAAGACAUUUACUGCAGGAUAAACAUUUUGGUGUUUGCUUGUGUAUUGUUGGUAUUGGUUGCCAUGACGAGGGCUGGAUCCUCCUGUAAGCGUGAUGUUACAUGUGAAGUAGAUGCAUUUUUAAAUGUUUUACACAGUCCUCCACACUGUAGAUUCAGCAGAUUUAGUCUGUGGACAUUUCUUCCCAGGUUUUAACGAGUGCAGAAAAGUUUAUGUUUGUGGUCAACGGCUGCUUUGCUUGGAGUUAAUAGGGAUGUUUCUGCAGCAGUAAACAAAAGUCUUUGCAGCCAUUUUAAAUGGUAAAAAUAAAAUAAAAGUUGUGUUUAGCUGGUUGUGCUGCACACAGCACAUUAAAACAGGGAAUGUGUGAAGUUUUGCUUACACAGCAUUUUCUGGCAAUGGCUACUCGAUGGGUUUAAACCUGCAUGAUGCAAUCUCCAAAUGAUAAUUUCAUUACUGAUGCCUCUGUACUGUAUGUUGUUUUUUAAUUUGAUGAAUUUAUGUUCACUGUGUCCAUCAUUUCCUAAAAUCCACAACUUUGUCCUGAUAUUUGUGGUAUUAAAUAAAUAAAUAUUUUUAUUACAAUAUAUGAAAUUCAAUAAAAGGACUUUUGGCUCAAAGGACAGCUUUUAUGUCUUUCUCCUGGUGAAAGUUUGAUUUUCCUUGUCAUGAUUGAAUAAUUUUACCAAAAGGAAUCACAUCUUGCUAAAAUGCAUAAAACAUAUAUUUAAAACUUGUCUUACUGGGAUAACUAGGAAUGAAAACUGCAUUACAGAGUGUCUCAAAACAUUUGUAAGGUUUCUCUUUGUCACAAGUCUAAGAGCUUUGCUUUCCUGUUACUGGAUUUCAGAACAUGAUCUAAACUUAAAUCAGACAGAUCUCCUCUCACAAGUGUCCCAAGUUAUUACAGGUGUGAUUUUAGACAUAUCUGGGGGUAAAUGAUUCUAGUUCAGUCUGACGUUACAAACACAACCUACUUUGAAAAUAAAAAGAUAAUUGUCAAAGAAUACAGACAUAAACAGUUCACUUUUUGAGAGAAAUCAACACGUUUACUAGAAUGUGCAUAAACUUUAUUAACAGUUUUGAUUUACACACAACCUGUUCUAAGUAACAAUUGAAACAACCUCCAAGUGAAAAGUUGCAUUUUGUACAGCAAUCCUCCCAAAUAUUUAUAUGUACUUCAAUUAUAAAUAAAUAAUAAGAUAUUUACAAAAUAUCAUAAUUUAAUUUCCAGUCUUAAUAAUAAUAUUAUCAAAAACCAAAUGAAAUGCAACUAAACAAACACAGCCAUUAUUGAUUAAUUACAUUUUACAUUUAUUAAACUUCAGAAGAGAUAUAAAUCUCAAAUAAUUUUCAUGACAACAUUCACCACUACAGCCUAUUUGUGUUUUACUCCAAAGUCAUUUUAAUAAGUUGCUGUUUGUUUCAUUUGUCUCACAACUAGAAAGUUAACUUCUAUAAUACACUAGAUGCUUCACACAGCUUCUGUUUCAACUAGAACAAUUUUCCCUUUCUAAAAAUAGAUCUUAUAAUGUACAGUCAUGUUGUAAAUGUGUUUGUUCUUCAGAGAACAAAACUACUGAAUGUAAGUAAGAAGUGUUUCUGUGUCAUUUAUGACAUUUAUUUUUGUAUCGAUGUUUCACUUGUUUUUCUUUUACUUCUGUGUAAGAGAUCAUGUUACAAGACAAGCUUUAUUUUGUUUCCUGCUAUUGUAAUGAUUAUAUGAAUAAAAAAGCACAUUAAAAACCGA